GAGGCGCUCCCACCAUCCUUUGCGGUGGUUCAAGAGGACGGCGCCCGGAGGUCCCAUGAGCGAUUUGGAGAGCAGCAGCAGUGGCAGCGAUGUGGAGGAGCUGGCGCGGUGCCGCGAGGCCGCCAUGCCGGCCUGGGGCUUGCAGCAGCUCCCGAGAGGGCCGGAAAAGAAAAGAACCGAUGCUGUGAACAGUCAGUUGCCAAGCACCCAGCCGAGCCUCAGGCAGAAGGUGGAUGAGCACGAGCAAGACGGCAACGAGCUUCAGACCACCCCCGAGUUCCGAGCCCACGUAGCCAAGAAGCUGGGGGCCCUGCUGGACAGCUCCAUUACCAUCUCCGAGGCUGUAAAGGAGCCAACAAAGGCCGAGGCGCGGAAAGUCCCCCCGGAGGAUGACGGCUUCCGCCUUUUCUUCACCUCCAUCCCUGAAGGCCCCGAGGAGAAAGCUGCUCCCCAGCCCCGCCGGAAGCGGUUGCCUUCCAGCUCCAGCAGCGAGGACAGCGAUGAGGAGAGGCAGCGGUGCCGGGAGGCGGCUGUGUCCGCGUCUGACAUUCUCCGGCAGUCCGCCAUCCAUGGCCCUGUGACGGUGGAAAAGGAGGCGAAGAAGAAGAAGUCGUCGAAAAAGAAAGCCAAGAAGGAGGCCAGUGCAGACUCGACCACGGCCACCGCCACCACCACUAGCAAGGCCACAGUCGGGAAGCAGGAAAAGGAUUCAACCAAGUUCAACGGAGACGUGUCGCUUGGGACCAAAAAGAAGAAAAAGAAGAAAAAGGCGAAGAAGGCCAGCGAGGCUUCCCCAUGCCCACUGUCGAGGGGCGCAGCAGUCACACCUGUAAACUGACCUCGGGCACAGGGCCCAGCCAGUCCCAGCGAUGAGGUGCCCCCCGAGACGGGCCUUUCCAGGGCUCCGCUGGCAGGUCCAGACUCUGCCCCUGGCUCGGGCUUGCCCAAGAGUCGGGGCGAAGCCGUGGUUGCAGAGUGAGAAGCCUAAGCAAAGCCUGACUUCCUGUGCUUCCCCAGGGGGCCGGGGCAGACCUGUGGUACCAGAACAUUCCAUGGUCUUGGGAGGAAGGAGCCCUCCAGUUACUCAAGACUGAUGCCCGGUGGCAAAGCCCCAUCUCCCCGGUCCUGUCGGCAGGGGGCGAGUGAAGGGAGACCUUUUCCUUCUCCCCCUCCUCCUCAGCCUGGUGUGGGGGACAGUCGUAAGAAAAUGAGGGCCGGGUCCCCACAGCGCCAAGGCCCAAAGAGUUCACACUUCUCCCUCUAUGCCACAUAGACCAGAUGUAACAUUGUCUGAGAAAGGAGAGAUUU